GCGUGUUUAUAAAACUUGAAUUUGUUAAAAAGAGGUUGCUAAAAGUUAUAAGUUUAUGAAUUUUUAACUGAUGAGGAAGAAAAAGAAAUUUUUAAGCUGAUCAAUUUCUUUAAAGGUCAUUAGAAUGACUGAAUUAGCCUCAAAAGUCCUGACAGAUCCAAAAGUGUCUAAAGCACCUGUAGAUAUUGACAUAGAUAGUAUUGUUGUGGAUAUUUGUUUUCAUCCAGCCAGGGAUGCAAUUGCAGCAGGCACCAUUGAUGGAGAAGUAAAAAUAUAUUCUUAUUCAGUAGACAGUACAAACCAUGAGUUAAUGACUUUGGACCACCAUAAAAAGUCCUGCAGAGCCUUGUGCUUUUCUGAAGAUGGUACUCUGCUCUUUUCAGCUUCAAAGGAUAAAUCCUUACAAGUGGUGGAUAUGAACACAGGAUCUGUCACAAGUAAAAUGAUGAAUGCUCAUAAAAGUCCAAUUUACAGUUUGCUGGUGAUAGACAAUUAUCUUAUUGCUACAGGAGAUGAUGAUGGUUAUUUCAAGCUAUGGGAUUAUCGUCGUGAGACAGCCAUCAUGGAAGCUAAGAAUAGUGAGGAGUUUAUUAGUGAUUUGACCACCAAUUCUGAGAAAAAAUUUGUCCUUGCCACUAGUGGCGAAGGUACUCUGACAGCAUUCAACAUUCGAGCUAAACGUAUGGAGCUUCAGUCAGAAUUAUUUGAAUCCGAGUUCUUGUCCAUGGCUGUAGUAAAGAAUGAAAAUAAACUUGCUGUUGGAACAGGUGAGGGUGCAAUUAAUAUAUUCAACUGGGGAGAAUGGGGAAACAUCAGUGAUCGCUUUCCAGGUCAUCCUAUGUCUAUAGAUACUAUAGUCGCCAUUAGUGACGAUGUAGUUUGUACUGGUUCAAUGGAUGGAGUCAUCAGAGCUGUUCAUAUUCUUCCCAAUCGAUUUUUGGGCAUAGUAGGCAACCAUGAUGAAUUUCCUAUUGAGAACAUGAGUCUUUCAAGAGAUGGAAAAUUUCUUGCUAGCUGUUCUCAUGACCAGAAAAUUAAAUUUUGGAAUAUUUCAUGUCUUGAUGAUGUAGAAGAGGAUCCAAAUGUUAAACCUAAGCAUAAAAACAAAAAGAAGAAGCUUGCUUCCACUAGACAGGCAGAUUUCUUUGCUGGACUAGCUGACUAGUGUUUGUACAGUGUGGUUGUUUUUUUUUCUUUAAUAAAAAAUUGAAUUUUUAAUACAAAAAAUAGUGACAAGUAAAUUUUAGUCUACUCAUUUUUUGUUGAAGCAAGUAAAUUUGUAUCACAU